AUGGAUACCACCACCACCAACUGGGAAGCAAGUGUUACAGAUUCAAUUAACGCUAUUUAUCUUCUCUUCUCUGCUUACUUAGUCUUCGUAAUGCAGCUCGGGUUCGCCAUGCUCUGUGCCGGCUCAGUCAGGGCCAAAAACGCCAUGAACAUCAUGCUUACCAACGUCGUCGACGCCGUCGUCGGCAGCCUUUCUUACUACCUCUUCGGCUUCGCUUUCGCCUUUGGCAGCGAAGGACCCAAUGCAAACCCAUUUAUCGGAACCCAAUUCUUUGCCCUUAAAGACAUUCCUUCAAGCUCUUAUGAUUACAGCUUCUUUCUUUACCAAUGGGCUUUCGCCAUAGCCGUCGCCGGCAUAACCGCCGGCUCAAUUGCUGAGCGAACCCAAUUCUCUGCUUACCUUAUUUUCUCCUUUUUUCUCACUGGGUUUGUUUACCCCAUUGUUGCUCACUGGGUUUGGUCGCCCAGCGGCUGGCUCAGUCCGACUUCCGGUUCUCUGCUGUUCGGCUCCGGCGCCAUUGAUUUCGCCGGAAGUGGUGUAAUACAUUUGGUGGGUGCGAUUGCUGGGCUUUGGGGAUCGUUAAUUGAAGGCCCGAGAGUGGGCCGGUUUGAUGCUUUCGGAAAGCCCGUGACAAUGAGAGGUCAUAAUGCAACUCUGGUUGUUCUGGGCACAUUUCUGCUGUGGUUUGGAUGGUUUGGGUUUAAUCCAGGUUCUUUCAAUAAGAUUCUUGUCGCUUACCCAAAUGUUUCCGACCAGGGAAACUGGACCGGAGUUGGCCGGACGGCGGUUACAACCACCCUGGCCGGUUCAACCGCCGGGAUUGUCACUCUGUUCGGUAGAAGGCUGUUAGUGGGCCAUUGGGAUGCAUUGGAUGUUUGUAACGGCGUGCUUGGUGGAUUUGUGGCAAUCACUUCGGGCUGUUCGGUUGUGGAACCAUGGGCUGCGAUUAUCUGUGGAUUCGUUGCGGCUUGGGUUUUGAUUGGGCUAAACAUUUUGUGUUUAAAGCUUCGGUUCGAUGAUCCAUUGGAAGCAACCCAGCUUCAUGGAGGCUGUGGAGCUUGGGGUGUGAUAUUUACAGGUCUUUUUGCUGAACAGAAGUUUGUGAUUCAGGCUUAUGAUUCCGGUGAAGCUGGAAUCUCCCGGCCGUAUGGACUACUUCGCGGCGGUGGUUGGGGCCUGAUCGGAGCCCAAGUGGUCGAAGUUGUGGUGGUUUUGUUCUGGGUCAGUAUCACAAUGGGGCCUAUGUUCUACACACUUCAAAAGCUAGAUAUCCUGAGGAUCUCCAUUGAAGAGGAAAUUGCAGGUUUGGAUAUCUCCAGGCAUGGUGGAAAGGCUUAUAUUGAUAUUCAUGAAGAAGCUGGACCUCAGCAUUACCAUGAAUAUAUGCGACUACAAAAUCAGUAA